GUUCAACUUGAUACAUGUAACUCUAUAGAUCUAAAGAUAUACACGCAUAUAAGUAACCGGUAGGAAUUCACCUAAUUACACUAAGAAGUUGUCUUCCUAUUUAGUGAGUCAUAAUCAUAGAAAAGAUCAUAGAUCAUAGAAAAGUCACAAAUAGAGCUUUGCUGCAAAAUAAUUACAUUUAACAAAAACAGGUUUUGCAUUUUCUGAGGAAAGAGCUUUGGAUCCAAUUAAAUGUGAGCAAAACAAUGACUCAUUGGUAACUGCCACCAUCUCAAAAGCACAUAGAGUCAUUUAACCUAACAGUAAAUAAAGUGAAACAUUUUUUUCUUCAUAUUUGUUUACCUUCUCUUGCAGGAGUCUUCUGCUGUAUCUGCUAUGCCUGUGUACUGUGUUCAGGUACACAACUGCAGCUGCAGAUCUCAGUGACUGUGCAGCUGCAGGGAGCAUAUGCCACACCAAUGCAGACUGCUUCAAAACACGUGAUGAUAGGUUUCUCUGCAUGUGCCGAAUGGGGUACAGGGGCACUGGAGUACAAUGUCAGGACAUUGAUGAGUGUACAACUGGUCUACACAGCUGUCAUGUAAAAGCAGUCUGCAGUAACACUCUGGGCAGUUAUACCUGUUCAUGUCAAAAUGGUUAUUCUGGUGAUGGUUUCCAAUGCCAAGAUAUUGAUGAGUGUCAAACUAAUAACGGUGGCUGCCAUGUUAAUGCACUUUGCUCCAACAGAGAUGGAGGAAGAGACUGCAGUUGCAGGUCUGGUUUCACUGGAAAUGGAUUUCAGUGCACUGAUGAUGAUGAGUGCGCAAGACCAGGAAUCUGCCACUGGCAUGCCACGUGCACCAACAACCCUGGCUCCUAUGUGUGCACAUGCAGUGCAGGCUACAAAGGCAAUGGAAAUUAUCUCUGCCUUGACAUUGAUGAGUGUUCAGAAACUCCUGGUGUGUGCUCUGCUUUCUUUGGGUAUAAAGGCUGCAGGAACCUGCCAGGAACUUACACCUGCCUCUGCAACAGUGGUUACCAAAGCAACGGACAGACAUGUGUGGACAUCAAUGAAUGUGAAAUAAACACCUGCAGCUCAUUUGCUGAAUGUACAAACUUACCAGGUUCAUAUCGUUGUACCUGUCCUGAGGGAUUUGUUGGAAAUGGCUUGGCGUGCGUAGACAUUAAUGAGUGUGACAGAAAGAACAGUUGUGACCCCAACGCAAUAUGUACCAAUUUGCUAGGAAGCUACGAAUGCUCUUGCCGUGCUGGGUUCCAGGGCACGGGUACAAAGUGUACUGACAUUGACGAAUGUACCACCAAUAACAUUUGUCCAGCCAAUGCUGCAUGUGUCAACACUGCAGGCUCAUUCUUCUGUGACUGUGGUCCAGGCUACAGCUUUAAUCAAACCCAGUGUAUGGAUGUGGAUGAAUGUGCCACAAAACAUUGCAGUGCUUAUGCCUCUUGUGAAAACUUACCUGGUUCAUUCAUCUGCGCAUGUCUAGCUGGUUUCGAAGGUGAUGGGUUAGUAUGCGAGGAUAUAGAUGAGUGUGCCAUAGAAAGGCGUUGCCAUGUUAGUGCACUCUGUAUUAAUGUACCAGGAAAAUACAACUGCAGCUGUAUGGUGGGAUACACAGGUGAUGGUGUAUUCCAGUGCACAGAUGUGAAUGAAUGUCUUGUUGAUAACGGUGGCUGCAGAAACAGAGCAACAUGUGUCAACAGUAGAGGGUCUUUCUCAUGCAAUUGCCCCUCAGGCUUUCAGCUAGUCAAUCGUACCACCUGCCAGGACAUAGAUGAAUGCCAGCUACCUGAAAAGGCAUGUGGCAUCAAUGAGCAGUGCUCAAACAUGGAAGGGUCAUAUUCAUGCCAGUGUAAAGCAGGCUUCAGUCGAAUCACUGACAAUUUAGACUGCUCUGAUAUUGAUGAAUGUGAACAGCAGAAACCUUGUCAUCAGAAUGCCACAUGCCUGAAUUUAGCAGGCUCCUUCUCAUGUACCUGCAAUCACGGCUUCUCAGGAAAUGGCAUAACAUGUGAGGAUAUAAAUGAAUGUGCAAUUAAGGGGAUGUGCCAUCUGCAUGCCAACUGCUACAAUUAUCCUGGUGAUUUCUUGUGCAUUUGCCACCAGGGAUUUACAGGAGAUGGUUCCACCUGUACAGAUGUGGAUGAAUGUGUCCUUUCAAAUAAUACUUGCCCAGACAUCUCUGUGUGUGUCAAUUCCCCUGGAGCAUAUGUCUGUUCUUGUCUGAAUGGCACAGUAGCAUACAACAACACUUGUGUCCUACCCAGUCGUGAAUGUGAUCCUGCCUGCCAUCCACAUGGACUGUGUCAUCCUUCAUCUUCAGAGUAUCAGUGUGUGUGUGAUGUGGGAUUCAAAGGUGAUGGACUCACUUGCUCAGAUAUCAAUGAAUGCGAAGAAAAUGUGUGCCCAAAGAAAGAGACGCAAUGUGUCAAUAAACCAGGAUCCUUUGAUUGCAUUUGCAAAGUGGGUUACACUCUUAAUGGAACAGAAUGCAUAGAUCUGGAUGAAUGUGAAUCUGGAGCCAAUAACUGCAGCAAGUUUGCACAGUGUGUCAACACAAUUGGCAGUCAUCUGUGUUCCUGUCUCAACGGCUACACUGGUGAUGGAAAAAACUGCUCUGACAUUAAUGAGUGCCAAUCCCAACACGGAGGAUGCCACCCAGCUGCCAGCUGCAUUAACUCCCCUGGCUCCUACAAGUGUACCUGUCCCUUUGGCAUGACCGGAUCUGGGUUUGAUUGCCAAGAUGUGGACGAGUGUACUGAAAACUCAACUUUGCCUCAUAACUGCAGCCUUCUUGCCAUGUGCAACAACACAGAGGGGUCCUACAUUUGCAAGUGCAUGGAGGGAUACCAAGGAAAUGGGUUUACUUGUGAGGAUGUGGAUGAGUGUUUGCCACCCUCAAUUUGUGGGAACAACAUGACCUGCCAAAACUUUCCGGGAACAUAUACAUGCACAUGCACCCUUGGUCUAGUCUAUGAUUUGGGUACCUGUGUGAAUGAGAAGGACUGUAAGAAUGUAACCAAUGCAUGCAACACCCAUGCUGAGUGCAAAAACAUCCGUGGGUCAAACUAUUGCUCCUGCAUUAAAGGGUUUUUUGGGAAUGGUAGAGAAUGUCAGGAUAUAGAUGAAUGUACACAAACAGGAGCUUGCCCAGAGUUGUCCCACUGUUUCAAUACAGCAGGGUCCUUUCAUUGUGACUGCUGGGAAGGUUACCAGUACCACGGCGCAAACUGUGUAGACAUAAAUGAGUGCAGUGUAGGAACCUUUACUUGCCCAGACAACAGCACCUGCCACAAUACUAAGGGAGGGUAUAAUUGUUCAUGUAACAAUGGUUUCCUUUACACUAACAACUCUCUGUGUUUGGAUGUUGAUGAAUGUGCCACAGGGAAAGCACAGUGCCCAAAUGCCUCCAACUGCCAAAACACAGCGGGAUGGUAUUUCUGUGAAUGCUGGGAUGGGUAUACAGGCAAUCAGACUGUCUGUGAGGAUGUUGAUGAAUGCCUGAACAAUUCUACAUGUUCAGACCACAGUGUCUGUGUCAACACUGAAGGUUCAUUUCUGUGCCUUUGUGAUCAUGGAUUCUCCUCCAAUGGUACCAGUAGUACCCAAUGUGAGGAUAUAGAUGAGUGCUCAAACCCAGAGUUUGGCACACUCUGCACUAAUGGAACUUGCAUUAACACAAUUGGCUCAUUUUACUGUGCUUGUGAUAUGGGAUUUUGGAGCAAUGGCACUAGGUGUCUUGACAUAGAUGAGUGUUCAGGAUCAAAGAAUGAAUCCAUAUGUCAACCUCAAUCUACAUGUAUCAAUUUCCCUGGGUCUUAUAAAUGUAACUGCAACUUGGGUUACUUUCUAAACAGAACAGAGUGUCAAGACAUAGAUGAAUGCCUAGCAGUUGACCCUCCCUGCACUGCCAAUGCUGUUUGUGUAAACACAGCAGGUUCUUUCCAAUGUCCAUGUGCAUCUGGUUUUGAGGCUCAGGGUCCAAAGUGUACAGAUAUAAACGAAUGCCUUUUGAACAGAAUGUGUCGUCCCGAUCAGGUAUGCAUCAAUACACCUGGAUCAUACAAGUGCUCUUGUCCACCAGGACAUCAUGAGGAAAAUGGUACAUGCAUAGACAAUAAUGAAUGUGCAAAUAACUCUACUUGCCACUCCUUGGCAAGAUGCUGGAACACAGUGGGGUCUUUUACAUGCCAGUGUCGCUUAGGUUACACUGGAAAUGGGACGUACUGUAAAGACAUUGAUGAGUGUUCCCAAUCAUCCUUACGUUGCCGCAAGUCAAGCCAAUGCAUCAACACCCCUGGAUCUUAUGUAUGUGUAUGUGCACCAGGUCUUAUUGCACUAGGAUAUCUUUGUGUGGACCUAGAUGAAUGUCAGUCCAAUAGGGGUGGAUGCCAUCCAGCUGCCACAUGCUACAACUCUGUAGGUGGUUUUCACUGCCAGUGUGGCAAUGGAUGGGAUGCCUCAACCAGAAAUGGCCGUGGAAUGGAUGGAUGCAUAGACCGAAAUGAGUGUCUCUCACCUUACAUGUGUUAUAGCAACAGAACAUGCACCAAUUUCAUAGGAUCUUACAGCUGUGCCUGCUCUACCAGAGAUACCCUCUGCCCACAGCUGCCGCCAAUGGAAAGUGACCUGUAUCCAUUUGGAGAGGAAGUAGGUGAUGCUGGGUUGCCAAAGACAGAGGCAGAUGGGAAUACUCCAUACAUCACUCCUCCAGCAGGCUUUCCAUUCAUGGACAAAAUAUAUGAGCGACUGUUUUUUUCAGAUAAUGGCUUGGUGCAGUUCCAGUCAGUCAGUGAGAAUGAGAAACUGUUGCUCCCUGCUCCAUUCCCAGGGGGUUUUGAUGGUAAUGAGGGCCAGCCAAUGCUGGCUGUGUUCUGGGACGAUGCUGACCUUACCCUUGGUAAUGGAAAACUGCUAUACCAGGAAUACAGUCUCCUUAAUAUAUCUGAUAUCUAUGCUGAGGCAAUAUUUCAAAGAACAGCAAAUGAUGUUAGCAAAUUUGAGACUCAAAGGGGCAAACCCCCCUUUUCCCCCUCCUGGAUAUUAAAAAUCACAUGGGAUCAUGUUUUGCCCGUGUCCUAUCAAAAGAUCAAUUUCUCUGAGACAAACACCUUUCAGUGCAUUCUGACCACAGAUGGACUACGUUCAUUUGCUCUGCUCCGCUACAGUGACAUGAACUGGGGUCCAGGACAGAGGACUAAUCAUAACGCUCUUAUAGGCUACACUGAUGGUAAGAGCAACUUUCACAAUGAGGUUCCAAAGCCACCGGACAACCUUUUCAGGCCAGGAGGGCGUUAUCGUCCCCAGACUGUCAUGGGUAACACAGGAAAACUGGGGCAGCUGGUGUAUGACUUUACCGGCUCCCCUGAAGCAAGCUCAGAUCCUCAGAGGCAAUGCCAGGUAUGGGCCUUCAAUGAGCCAGAUCCUAAAGAAUGGGCAUUAGGACUGGCACCUUGUCCCUGCACUCGUGUUCAAGCACAGGAGGACCUGGCUUUUAGCCUUGAGAAUCCACCAUCAGAACAGAUGGCACAAGUGAGGGAUCUGAGAGCUCUUAGGUGGGGUGGCAGCAGGGGCCGUGUCUUUCAGUCUAUCCUGUUUAACAAACAAAGGGCAGGAAAGAGAUGUGUUUAUGAUCCAGAGGGCCCCCUGCUGGCUGGAUACAGUGAACGGUUCUUCACUGAGGACAAGAUGCAACUACAUAUAGACAAGGAUCUUUUACCCUUCCAGUGGUGCUGUGUUCAGUCCCCUCUGUGUGACAUGUACUUGGCAAAAAGACCACUAGACCGGUGCCAAGGUUACAGUUGGAAUAGCUCUGACAGCAGUAUACCUGGGAACAGGGGAGCACCAGGCAUUGGCAUAGUAUAUGGCAGUCUCCACUUUAUUACCUUUGACGGGAGUGAAUAUACCUACAAAGGCUUGGGGGAGUACGUUGUAGUCCGUCUCUCCUCCAGCAUGGGAUCAAACAUCUUCACCCUGCAGGGACAAACAGCAGUUCUAGUGGUCAACAAGCAGCCCAAACUGGUGCCUGCUCUGGUACGAAUAGCCGCCUACUAUCAGGGAGCUGGAAAGGUGGAGUGGCAAUGUGCCGAAUCUGGUGAUGGACUUAAGGUCUUGGUUAAUGAUGAGGUCAUUCCUGUGUCUGUUGGAGUGGUGCACGUAAAUGAGCAGGGUUUUGCGCUGCGCUGUACCUCUGUGAGCCGCUGUGCAGUGGUGUACGGCGAGGGCCUGAACGUGAUCGUGUGGAGAGGUAAUGCUGGGAGGCUGAGCACUCUGGUGGAGGUCCCGCAGAGGUUCUACAACCGUACACUGGGUUUACUGGGACACUGGAGCUCCAACAGGACAGACGACUUCCUGCUUUCCAAUGGCCGUAUGGUGGCUUCUCUAAAUAACAACGUCCCCUCUGAACAGAGUCUGCUUCCCUUUGGACAGUCAUGGGCUGUUCCUGUUCCUGAAAGUCUUCUGCUGUCAGAGCCUCCUAGUGCUCCAUUCAGUCCUGUCAUGACAGAGCAGCUGAUGUCCUCAGUGAGCCCAGACGAGCUGGCCAGACACAGUCAGACCUGCCAGGGCAGCAUGCAGUGUGUGCAUGACAUCUUGGCCACAGGAAACACAAACCUCGGCCAGGAUGUUCAGAAAGACCAGCAGCAACUUCAGAGCCGAGUACAAAUCUAUGGAAACCUGCCGCCCAUUGUGGCAGAGCCAUUUGUUAUCACGUGUAAAGUCAAUAGCACAGUUAGAGUUCAGUUCAAGGCUCAGGAUCCAAACAGAGACCAAAUCACCUUCUCGCUGGGCUUACCACGUUCUCCACGGGUCACCAUCGGCAGCAGUGAUGGUAUCCUUGUGUGGACCCCUUCUGGUAUUCAGCCAGUCAAUCUGACAGUUCAAGUGAGCGAUCAAACAUCCAGUUCUGUGAUCACCCCUGUUCUGCAGCUCUGUAACUGUAUGAAUGGAGGAAGCUGCCAGUAUAACAGUGUGGUGGAGAACCAUCUGCAGGGAAAGUUUCAGGUUGUGGGAUGUCUUUGUCCACUGGGUUUCAGUGGCAAGUACUGUGAUAACAGAGCAGAUGUGUGUAAAGGCAAGCCCUGUUUUCCUGGUGUGGAAUGCAUAAGACAGAAAGAAGGAGACCUCUUCACAUGUGGACUGUGCCCUCCUCCGACUGUAUAUCAGGGAAAACAAGGAUACAAGUGCUUUGAAAAUGACUUCUGCCUCCCUCCGUUCCCCUUCCCCUGUCAUGAGAUGGCAGACUGCACCAGCACUGGCUACAAUUACACAUGUAAAUGUAAACAUGGCUACAGUGGCGAUGGAAAAGUGUGCGAAGAUAUUGAUGAGUGUCUGGACCCCUCAGCCUGUCCAAAUGCUAAAUAUGAAUGUGUGAACAAGCCAGGAUCAGUGCACUGCUCAUGCCGUUAUCAGAAGACCAGAGACACUGACGGCUGUGGUAAGUGGUUUUACUUUCACAACUAA